CAAAGCGACCUGUCAUCGUGCAUGUGGAAGUUCAAGAAACGAAAUAUUUUUCGUUUCCUUUGAGACACUUAUUAAUUCCCUUAGUUAAAAUUACAAUUGUGAAAAUGCCCCCUAAGACUAAACCGGCCGCACCUAGCAAGAAAACGGAGCAGAAAAAGAAAGAAAAAGUGAUUGAGGACAAGACGUUCGGUUUAAAGAAUAAGAAAGGGGCCAAGCAGCAGAAAUUCAUCCAACAAGUCGAGAAACAGGUCAAAACUGGGGGCCACCAUCCUGUCAAAGAAGAUGGGGGCAAGAAGGCCGAAAAGGAGAAGAAGUUGAAGGAGCAGAAGGAAAUGGCUAUUUUAUUCAAGACCGUGCAGACGCAGAAAGUUGAGAAAGGAACUGAUCCCAAGUCUGUGGUUUGUUCGUUCUUCAAACAGGGCCAGUGUGGCAAAGGUGAUAAGUGCAAAUUUUCCCAUGACUUGAGUAUAGAAAGAAAAGCGGAAAAACGGUCGCUUUAUGUCGAUAUGCGAGACGACGAGGACGAAACAAUGGAAAAUUGGGACGAACAAAAGUUGAUGGAAGUGAUAGAAAAGAAGCACGGAAAGUCGGGGAAAAUGCCCACGACGGAAAUUAUCUGUAAACAUUUCCUGGAAGCUGUAGAAAAGUCAAAGUAUGGGUGGUUUUGGCAGUGCCCCUCUGGAGAGGGCUGUAUUUACAGACAUGCCCUCCCUCCAGGUUUCACGUUAAAGAAAGACAAGAAAAAAGACGACAAACGUGAUGAAAUAUCCCUAGAAGACUUGAUUGAAAAAGAGAGGGCAGCCCUAGGCUCCACUCAAACUAAAGUCACACUAGAAACAUUUUUAGCGUGGAAAAAACGUAAAAUCCAAGAGAAAAAAGACGCUGCUAAGCGGGAAGAGGACAAGAAACGUACAGAUUUCAAGGCAGGGAAACAAGUGGGGCUCAGUGGUAGAGAAAUGUUUAGUUUUAAUCCUGAAUUGGCGGCGCAAAAUAACAUGGAAGAGGGCGAUGAAGCGGUUGAUUCUUACAAUUACUCAGAUACUGAAGACGAUGAAGUGGAUUAUAAAGAAAUCAAUUUAGAUCUUAUUAGUGCUGAGGAGGUCGAUGGGAGUGGUACCGUGGCCACUGAAGACCGACUCAAGGCAACAAAAAUAACAGAAAAUGGGAAUGAAGAAGGCGCAUCAGCGGUACCCAUCAAUGAAAAUUUGUUCCUUGAGGAAGAUUUAGAAGCUUUAGAUGAAGAAUUAAACGAUUUAGAUUUAGAAGAAUAAAAUGGGUGCUAAUAUUUA